AUGGCCACCCUUUCACAGGCACCACAGUCCCACCUCUUCAGCAUCCAGGAGACCCCAGGCGCUGGUAGAGGCGUCUUCGCAGAACAGGACAUUGUCAAGGGGACGGUGGUCUACGUCGCUGACGAUCUUUCGGCGCACGUUCUCUUCAGGGAGUACCGAAACGAGGUGUGCUGGCAGUGCUUUUGGUACGACCGUGGCAGGAAACUGCCAAUCCGUGAUGCCGAUCACGGUGUGGCAUUCUGUUCGGAACGCUGUCAGACGGGGUGGAAUGGACGGCACGAUCUGGACUGCCUGCAGGCAUGGCGCCAGCUCGAGGCACAGGUCAAGAGGUCGGGGUCAAAUACGGACGAGUUCGAGGGCGCGGUAAGACCUUCCCCGUCAGAGAUCGAAAGCAAAUGGAAGGGGGCCGAGCAGUCCGUGAGACUGCUCCGUGGCGCACCACAGCAGCGCCGAUCGAAGAAAGAGCUCGCCAGGCUGGUGGCAGCAUCGGUAGAUGCAGGUCGGUUCUCAGCAGACGUCGUCUCGUUCCAGUUCAACGCCGUCAUGGCCCAGCACAUCGACCCGGAGCAGUGGCCGGCCAUCCUGGCGCUCGAGGAAGACGCCCGCCCGUACAGCUCGACCACGGACCUAGAGAGACACAUUGCGUCGUACUACUUCCUGGCGCUCGUACUCCCAGAGAAGCUCGCCCAGCUCGCGAGCGCAGAGAUGUUGGGCACAGUCAAGGGCCGCGAGGUGCGCAACAGCUUUGGCAUCCGGUCGCUGGACGACGAGGGGAGCGAGUUCUUUGGAUGGGGCGUGUGGCCUUCCGCGUCCUACUUCAACCACAACUGUGACCCGAACACGGACAAGGAGAGGGUUGGGAGGACGUGGGUGUUCCGGGCCAAGAGGGACAUUGCGGCUGGCGAGGAGAUCUGCAUCUCGUACCUGGGCAAUGACAUGGGCAUCCUCCGCGAGGAACGCAGUGCGCUGUUGAACAAGACGUGGGGGUUUGACUGUAUCUGUCGACGAUGCAGAGGCGACGACAGGUAG